GGUGUCGCGCAGCUCGUCGUGGGGGAAGCGGUGGGCGUUCCUGCGUGUUCGUUAGCUGACUGUUGAUGCUGAGAGGCUUUUCCUCGUUCACGACCAACAACUCUCCCGAUGUUUCUCCCUACGCUUGUAGAGGACAUGCAUCAUUUUAAGCCUAGUCGAGACCGACUGUACACCACCAGGUGUUGUGGAUGUUGCCAUGUCCGAACGGGGACCAUCAUCCUGGGAACAUGGUACAUGGUAGUCAACCUGUUGAUGGGCAUCCUGCUGACCGUAGCUGUGACCCACCCGGAGAACGUGCCCACCAUCGACUUGCAGUAUGAGGUCAUUGACCAUUACUUUGCCUCCAACAGGAUGUCUGAGAAUGCCUGUGUUGGAUUUGCCAUCUCUCUGCUGAUGCUCACUAUCAGUGCCAUGAUGGUGUAUGGAGCCAUUACUCAUCGUGAUGGAUGGCUGAUCCCGUUUUUCUGCUACCAGCUGUUUGACUUUGCUCUGAGCUGCCUGGUGGCCAUCAGUUCUCUCACCUACCUACCCAGGAUCAAGGACUACCUGGACCAGCUGCCGGAUUUCCCGUACAAGGAUAACCUCCUCUCUCUGGACUCCAGCUGCCUGCUGCUCUUUGUGUUGGUCUUCUUUGCCUUCCUGAUCAUCCUCAAGGCUUACCUGAUCAACUGUGUGUGGAACUGCUACAAGUACAUCAACAACAGGAACAUGCCAGAGAUUGCUGUCUACCCUGCCUUUGAGACCCCUCCCCAGUACAUCCUGCCCACUUACGAGAUGGCAAUGAAGAUGCCAGAGAAGGAACCUCCUCCUCCUUACAUGCCUGCUUAAGCACCAGCACCAGUUGUUGCCAAAACGCACGCACGCACACGCACACACACACACACACACACACACACACACACACACACACACACACACACACACACACACACACACACACACACUUGCACACACACCCAUAUGCAUUCCUACGUUCCCUCACUAAACCUUUCUGAACACCAUUACGCCCUUAUCCCCUCCCCUGACCUACUGUGUAUGUGUAAGGCCACUGAAGACGCUUUGUUCAACCCUACCCGGCUCGCUGUAUUUCUAUAGACUGUCUAUAGAAGUGUGAGAGGAGGAAGGUGGGAAAGAUAGAGAUCUGUGUGAAAUAAAUGAAUGAAUGUGAUGACUGAAAAGCAACGGAAGCUACCAGCCCAUUUCCCCUCUGGCCUUUUUUAUGUCUUAGUAAAAGGGAUACAUGUGAAAAUUUAAUUAAAUUGCUUGAAAUGCUCUCAUCAAUCCAGCACCAUCCUAUCUAUAGAUUGAUAUAUGAAGUGUUAAAAAAAAUAUUAUGACAAUCCACUUAUUAUAGCUCUUUAUUGUUGAAUUGUUAUUUUUUCCCUGAUUAUUAAUAUCUAGACUAUUCGUUCUCAGUCUUGAAUGGAGUCUGUAGCUCUUUUUUGUCUGUUAUUUAUUUAGCUUUGCUGUGGUUCAGUUCACGCACCGCCCCCACCCCACCCCCCUGCAAACAUUUUCAUCACUCUCUGCUGCCCUGAUGUGUUAGCAAAGCUAGUGAUCAGUUUUCCAGCUGAGUCUGAAAGCGAGAGAAAGAAACAGCAGUGGGCACUGAUGGUGGAUCAUUGCCUCUGCUUCCUUCUCACCUAACAUCUGGAGCAAACGGCUAGUCUUGUGAACAUAAGUAGUUGCAUGCUUAUCAAACCCCCCACACCCCAUUACUUUACUGGUAAUAUGAUUUUAUCCUAGUGGAAACACAUUUGACUUCAAUAAACAUUUCAGAACA